CGAAGUGUGGUAGGUGUAGGUAGCAAAAAAGAGUCAACUCGGUGCUGAUUUAUUAAAGUGAUUAAGAUAAAAAUAAUAUUAAUUACCUGGAAAAUAUACAAAUUAAUUAUCAGUGGAUUUAAUAGCUAAAAAUGAAAAAUAAUUAAAAGUCUCAAACUUUUCGAUCAAAUUUAUGACAUUUAACAGUUGAGUCUGGCUCAUGUGAUUUAAUUUAAGGAACUAAGGUUAAAAAAAAAAAAUUAUUAAAAUGGAGAAAAAAAGUGUGAAAUCUUAUGACUUUCCUCCUGACCCAACAAGAACUGAGAUAGGAUUUGAAGGCAUGUCAACUGAAGCUUCAGAAGGUCCAUAUAAUGCUUCCAGUGAUAAACAAAUUAAGGACCGUGGAAAUUGGUCAAAUCCUGUUGAAUUUAUUUUAUCGUGUAUGAAUUUUGCAAUUGGAUUGGGAAAUGUUUGGCGGUAUCCUUAUCUUGCCUACAGAAACGGCGGUGGUGCUUUUUUGAUUCCAUAUUUCUUGGCUGCAGUCUUCAUAGGUCUUCCAAUUUUCUUUGCUGAACUUGUGAUUGGACAGUACAGUGGAUUAGCUCCAAUUAAAGCUUUUUCAUUCUUAGCACCAUUCUUCAGAGGACUCGGAUAUUGUACACUGAUGGUCAUCACGUUCAUUGAAAUUUAUUAUUUUGUAAUUGUUGGUUGGUGUUUUUACUACUUUUACAUAUCAUUGUUUCCAAGCUUAAUAUGGGGCACAUGUGGAAAUGAUUGGAACAGUCCAAAUUGCUAUAACUUAAUCGCUGAUAUUGCAUGUCAAGAGGGCAAUGAAGGAACUCCCGCUGAUGAAAUUUUCUUCCAAAAUGAUUGCCAAUCAAUUGAUAGUAUUUGUAGUCCAAUGGGCUUGAUCCCUGUGAAUUCAAGUGGAUGUUUAAAUGGAACAGAAUUCACACCGCUUAACAGAAUCAUCCACCGUGUUCUUUCGUCUGAGGAGUUCUUCUAUGAGCGAGUUUUAGGUAUCGGAGAUGCAACGUGGUAUAAUUGGGGAUAUCCUCAAUGGCAAAAUGUAAUUUGCUUAUUUGUCGCAUGGAUGCUUUGUGCUUUAGCAGUUCUUAAAGGAGUCAAAUCUGUUGGAAAAAUCGUUUAUUUUACAGCUACAUUCCCAUAUUUCAUUCUGACUGCCAUCCUUAUACGAGCUGUAACAUUGCCAGGUUUUUAUGAUGGAAUUAUGUUCUAUAUCACACCUGACUGGAACAAAUUGUUAAGUCCUGGUGUUUGGGGUGAUGCCAGUAGUCAAAUUUUCUACUCGUUUAGUUUGGCUUUGGGUUCAUUGAUUACUCUGGCGUCUUACAAUAAGUUCUCCAACAACUGUCAUUUUGACGCGACAAUAGUUUCCCUGAUCAAUUAUUUGACUGCAUUUUACAAUGGAUUUGCUGUGUUUGCGAUUCUCGGGUUCCUGGCACAUGAAAUGAAGACAGAUGUGUCUGAAGUUGCAAGUUCUGGUCCUGGGCUGUCUUUUAUAACCUUCCCCGAAGCGAUUCUACUGAUGCCUGCUCCACAAGUCUGGGCAAUAUUAUUUUUCUUCAUGAUGAUAAUUCUUGGCUUGGGAUCAACAUUUGCUGGCGUGCAAAUGAUUAUUACAUCCAUAAUUGACCAAUGGCCACAUCUACGUAAGGAUGAAUGGAAAGUUGCAAUCGGUGUUUGUCUCAGUGGGUUUAUUCUUGGCAUUCCAAUGACUUGUCAUGGUGGCAUUUAUUUAUUCACUCUUAUGGAAUGGCAUACAGCAAGUUGGGCCAUUUUACUUAUUGGCUUUGCGGAAGUUGUGAUUCUUUCUUGGGUGAAUGGCAUGAAAAAUACAUUCAAUUGGAUUUCAGACAUGGGAAUAAAAUUAUGGAAAUUGGUUCAAUAUUAUUGGCGGUCUGUGUGGCUUGUCAUCACUCCAAUUUAUACAGUUAGUGUAUUUAUCUUCAUAUUGACUGGCAUUGAACCUACACAAUUCCGUGGAUAUAUAUUUCCUGUAUGGGCUGAUGUGCUCGGCUGGAUGUUUGGUCUAUCAACAUUACUUCCAUUCAUCAUAUUUGCAGCUAUUGAAGUUUCUAAAUCCAGAGAUAUUAAUUACUUAUUCAAGCCCACCAAAAAUUGGGGUCCAGCUGAGGUUGAUGGAAGGAGAAUUGACAGAGCUUUAAUGACGUAGUUUUUUUAUGAUUUUAUGGAUGAUAUUUUGUUUUAAAAAUAAAUGUAUAAUUAUUGCUUUAGUAAGUGAUGACCUUUAAAUCUAUGCAAUAAAAAUAUUAAAACUGA